AUGUCCAACAUCAAUGUGUCAUUGGAGAACCCGUACAGCGACGUCAUCAUCCCACGGGCAAAGCUCCGGUCGGACGCUGACGGCUCCACGGUGAUCGCUAACCCUGCUGUUGUCAAUGGCAACAACAACAACCCCUACGCAAGCCCCACCCCCCAGGUCAGGGAGGCGGAGCCAGAGGAACCACGAUGCCGAGCCUGCUGCUACCGCUGCCGCCGAAAGUGA